AUGGAGGUAGAGACCACGACAUCGGCUGCGGCCACUCAGGGGGUGGCGGACGAGGAGGUGGUGGCGCGAUACAUUCGCAAUUCGCUGAAGAGGACGUACGAUCUGUUCCUCAGGAAUCACCACACAUUCGCGCCUCUGCCCGAGAAUGAGGAGAGCGAACGACUUGCUCUCUUCUCCAAGAUUCAAGACGAAUACGAGCCAGUGCGCAAUCUCCAACCACCUGCCAAGCGACCGGCUCCCUCUGCCACAAAUGAAGCCGCAUCUCAGGAUGGAGCUGAAUCAGACAAGGUCGAGCGGGUGCUCCAGACUCUGCCCUCGACAGGAGCUGCCGCAUCGGCACAACAAUCGUCGGCGGUCGUCGCCUUUCGCGAGGUGGCUUCGGCUCAGGCGCAGGGGGCGGGCAGCGGAUUCACAUCGAUGGCGUUGGCCAAACGAGGCCUCAAUCUCGAGAAGCCGGAAUGGCACGCGCCGUGGAAACUCAUGCGCGUCAUCAGCGGCCAUCUCGGUUGGGUUCGUUCUGUGGCCGUCGAUCCGGGAAAUGAGUGGUUCGUUACCGGCUCGGCCGAUCGUACGAUCAAGAUCUGGGAUCUGGCAUCGGGCACGCUCAAGCUCACCCUGACGGGUCACAUCAACUCGCUGCGCGGCCUGGCCGUGUCGCCGCGCCACCCCUACCUCUUCUCGGCAUCCGAGGACAAGAUGGUCAAGUGCUGGGAUCUCGAAUACAACAAGGUCAUCCGACACUACCACGGCCACCUGUCGGGCGUCUACUGUCUCUCCCUCCACCCUACCAUCGAUGUGCUCGUCACCGGAGGCCGUGACUCGACUGCUCGUGUGUGGGACAUGCGAACGAAGAACCAGGUCCACUGCUUGUCGUCCCACGCGGCGACAGUGGUGUCGAUCAUCACGCAGGCCACCGACCCGCAGGUGGUGACCGGCUCGAUGGACUCGACGGUGAAGCUGUGGGACCUGGCGGCGGGCAAGGCGAUGUGCACCCUCACCAACCACAAGAAGGGCGUGCGCGCGAUGGCCAUGCACCCGCGGGAAUACACAUUCGCGUCGGCCUCGGCCGACAACAUCAAGAAGUGGAAGCUGCCCAAGGGCGACUUCCUGCACAACCUCCCCGGACACAACACCAUCGUCCACUCGAUGGCCAUCAACGAGGACGGCGUGCUCGUGACCGGUGGUGACGACGGCUCGCUGUGCUUCUGGGACUGGAAGACCGGCCACCUCUACCAGCGCACUCAGACCAUCGUCCAGCCUGGUUCGCUCGACUGCGAGGCCGCCGUGUACGCUAUGACGUUCGACCAAACGGGUUCGCGUCUCAUCACCUGCGAGGCCGACAAGACCAUCAAGGUGUGGAAGGAGGACGAGGACGCCACCGAGGAGACGCACCCCGUUCAGUGGAAGCCUUCACGUGCCGUCAAGCGCUACUAA